UCCGUGCACCACACACAGUCCCACCUCUCUGUCUCUCUCCUCUCUGCCACUUUAUCUUCAGCAAGGACUGCCCACUGGGAUAAUAUUCUCUAUCUUUCACGCACAUUAAUCAGUCAUUCUCUCGCUCCCUCUUUUGCUCUUCCUCAUUAUUUGACACUUUUUCUCCAUCCUCCUUUUUGUCAUCUUCCUCUUUCACCUCCCUGUCCUCCUCCUUUAUCACUUCCCUUCUUCUGCUCACAUCAUCUCACAGGCUGGAGAACUCACAGGACGCUGGAGGAUAGACAGGUUAGGUACCAACAGGCUGACAAAAGAUGGCAUUUCUGAAGGAUGAGAUUACCUUUGUCCUCUCCCUGUGGGCUUCCCUCCUUUAUGUAGCAUUAAUGUCCCGUCCACUGGGGGCAGAGGCACCAAAAAGAAGCCAGUACAUCUGGAAAACAGGUGUAUGGGGUGGAUGCGAGGCCAAUGAUUGCGGUUCGGUCGGGCUCCAGAGUCGCUCGGUGUGGUGCGUCCAUUCUGAAGGCUGGAGCACGCAUCAGUCCAACUGCUUUCCAUCCGAUCGCCCUGCGCACCAGAGGGUGUGUGUGAAGAUGUGCGAGUGGCAAAAGGAUCUGUUUGAGUGGCGCUUGUCUCCUUGGGGUCCCUGCACCCCGAGUCCUCUCCUCCCAGCCAAUCGAUGUGUGACCGCUCAGCGUGGAGUGCAAAGCCGAGACGUGGUGUGUGUGAAGCGUACUAACGGCACCACGGUGAGCCAGCAUGUGUGUGAAGCUUUUUCCGCAGUGCCCGAACGAGAACAGGCGUGUUUGUUACCCUGCCCGAUCGACUGCGUCGUCUCUGCCUUCACCCGCUGGUCCACCUGCAGUCGCACCUGCGGGUCGGCCCUCCAGCAGCGCACCAGGCAUGUGCUGGCAGCGCCCCUGUAUGGAGGAGCAGACUGUCCCAGUCUCACCCAGACACGGCCCUGUAACCAUGACAACGCCCACCCUGCCCUCUGUCCCUCUGACCAACAGGAAUACAGUUACAGUUUGUGGGUGGGGCCCUGGAGCCCCUGCAGACUUAAAGGGACGGCGCCUGUCGGAAAGACGACGGUGGACUUUGGUUUCGGGCUUGAUGGGAAAAAAACAGUCAAGGCUUCAUAUGCCAUCAAACGCCACGCUGAGAGUGAUCCUCACCAAAAUCAUUAUGAUGAAAGAAGCCACAGAGUGUCCUGGGAAAUCACCAUUGGCUAUCAGACUCGGCAACUGCGCUGUACGAGGAGUGACGGGAAGAAUGCCAUGCUUAGCCUUUGUGACCAUGACAACAGCCCGGUGAACUUCCGCUCAUGUGUGAUGCCCAGAGACUGUAAAGUGUCUGAUUGGUCGCAGUGGGGUGCGUGUUCAAAGACGUGUCGGACUUCUGACCAAUCGCCAGGCUUCAGAAUCAGGAGCCGCAGCCUGAAGAGAGCAGCCAUUGGUGGAGGAGAGCCAUGCCCCGCCCUGGAAGAAAAAGCAAACUGUAAUGUUUUGGAAGACACACUGCCACUGUGCCCAAGGUAUGAGUGGAUGGCGACCAGUUGGAAAGCAUGCCAGGUGACCCCACUUUUGAGUCAGCAGGACCAUCGUUAUAGCAAUACCAGCAUCCUGUGUGGAGGCGGGAUCCAGACCCGAGAGGCGUAUUGCGUCAGGAUCCAUGACAGCACAGUAUCGUCUCAUAUCAAUCGGCCUGUUGGCAGAAACUUGUGCACUGGGCCUUUACCGCCAUUGGCUGAGUCUUGCUUCAUUCGCUGUCAGAAACAUUGUCCCCUCACGCCUUGGUCACCCUGGGGACCCUGUCUCCAUGACAACUGUUUGGAACCUCAGGGGAGAAGAGGUUUCAGGUUGAGAACUCGUUCUGUAAUUACGGAGUCUUUGUUGGAGUCCGACAGUUGUCCUCAUGUCAGCGAAGCAAUGAUCUGUGAUGACCCUGUCUGCUUCAUGUGGAGAGUGACAUCACAGGGGCCCUGUGUUCCUCACAAUGGAUCUUGUGGCCCAGGAUUCCAGGAACAGACUCUGGAGUGUUUUUCUGCCACAGGUGAGCAGGUCCCAAGUGAUCAAUGUUCAGGAGAUCCUCCUCCAGUUCGGCUGUCAUGUGAGAUGCCCUGUCCUGGGGACUGUGUGUUGGGACACUGGGGUCCCUGGACUUCCUGCUCCCAAUCUUGUUCCAGUAAACACCAUGAGGGAAAACAAAGUCGCUCUCGUCUUGUUCUGGCUCUUCCUGGAAAGUAUGGAAAGCCAUGUCCUCUGGCUUCUGAACUGGAGCAGUGGAGGCCCUGUGGCAUGGAACCAUGCACAGUGUACUACUGGGAUGCUUCACCUUGGGAUCCCUGUAUGCCAAACACCAUCACAGACGAGAGUGAAGGUAACAGCACAGCUCCACAGAUGGAGAAUGAUGCCACCUGUGGUACAGGGGUACAGAUGCGCCAAGUCACGUGCAGGAGAGCUGGGAAUGGACAUGUUUUGCCAAAACGGUGUCCUGAAUCCUCUCGUCCUGACUCAAUCCGGUCUUGUCCUUUACCUUGCAAAAUCGACUGCAUCGUCACACCUUUUAGCGAAUGGAGCGCCUGCCCAUCUUCUUGUUUAUCAGUAAAUGCUACUGCACCAACCCAGUCUCGUCAUAGGAUCAUUAUCCAGACAUCUGCAAAUGGAGGUCAAGAGUGCCCAGAUACUCUUUAUGAGGAGAGAGAAUGUGAUCCGCUCCCUCUGUGUCCAACUUACAGAUGGCAGACCCACCGCUGGCAUCAGUGCAUUCUGGUACCUGAUUCGGUGAGGCAGGCUGUGGGUGGGCCCGCAGAGGCAUGCGGUAUUGGCCUAGAGACAAGAGAGGUGACGUGUGUUGGUGCGGAUGAUUCUCCAGCAGAUAUGAUUGACUGUGUGAGAUGGGCUGGAGUGAUGCCUGUCCCGGUGAGGGAAUGUCGUGUGCCAUGCAGAGAUGAAUGUAGCUUCACCUCCUGGAGCAGAUUCACCCAGUGUCAAGGCUGUGGAAGUUGGCGCACUCGUACCCGAUCUCUGAUAGGUCGCAGUAAGAAGCGCUGGCGCUGCCAACAGGAAGAGUUGUUUCCUCUCCAGGAGAAAGAAGCCUGUCCUUGUUCUGAAUUUCACACCCAGCCUCAAGGUUCCUGGUCCCCUUGUUUGCUCUCACCAGCAAAGAACACUGCUGGCCAUCCUUUCAUCCAAGGAGUUUCCCACCAAGGCCAAAAGGCAGUCCAAGACUGGCGAGCUCAGAGGAAGAACAGUGAAUGUGGGCACGGGAAACGCUAUAGAGCUCUUGCCUGUCUGGAUCACCUGGGACGAUUGGUGGAGCCAGCUCUCUGCAGCAGCCCUGGUUAUGAAGAGGAAUCAUGUCAUGUACCUUGUUCUACCGACUGUAAACUGAGUGAGUGGUCGAAUUGGUCAGCCUGCAGCGCCUCUUGUGGUGGGGGUGUAAAAGUUCGCUCUCAAUGGCUACGAGAGAAGCCUUUCAAUGGAGGUCGACCCUGCCCAAAACUCAAUUACAAAAAUCAGGCUCAGGUGUCUGAGGUACUGCCCUGUUACUCUGACUGCAGUCAGUAUGUGUGGGAAGUGGAGUCCUGGUCCAUGUGUGUCCUAAACCCACCAAACAAUUUCACGAAGCCGAAUCAACCCAGCCUGUGUGGAGAGGGCUUCCGGACCGGCAAAAUCCGCUGCCUAAAAAGAGGAGGAGAAAACCAAGUUGAGGUUGUGGAUGACUCACUGUGUGACCAGGAGGAAAAGCCAAUCAGAGUCGAGCGCUGUCUACUGCCAUGCCCCGCCCACUGUGUGACAUCAGAGUGGAGCCAGUGGACCAAAUGUACCGUGGAUUGUAAUGACGGUGAUUUGAGAUGGAGGAGUAGAAGUGUCUUGAGGUGGCCAGAAGGAGAUCAUACCUGCCCUGAUCUAAACCAGACUCAAGCCUGUAUCAAUAUGACCUGUCUCAAAUACUCCUACGUUUACUCAGACUGGAGUAGCUGUCAGCUCAGUGAAAGCGCAGUAUGUGGCCGUGGGAUUAAGACCAGACUCCUGAACUGUGUCCGCAGUGAUGGGAAGCUGGUGGAACUGAGCAUGUGCAAAGAGUUGGGUCCUUCACGUGGAAAGCUCUCUGCCCCCUGUGAGGUGGGCUGCCCUGUUAAUUGCCUGAUUACAGAGUGGUCCACCUGGUCAGAAUGUUCACACACCUGCGGAAGCCAAAGUCAAAUGACACGGUCCAGGGUCGUUUUGCAGCCUGCCGGUGAGGGAGGUCGUCCCUGUCCGUCUCAGCUCUCCCAGACUCGCCCUUGUUCCAUCAGGCCGUGCUACAGCUGGAGACUGGGGGACUGGAGACCGUGCAGGGUGGAGGGGGCCGACUGUGGCGAGGGAGUAAGUCAGAGGGAAAUAUCCUGUGUAGUGCACUGGGGUUCUCUUUCAGGUCCUCCUCAGCCCGUUCCGGUAGAGGAUAAAAUGUGUGUAGAAAAUUCACAGAGCAACGUCAGCGAGAUUGAGUUACAGCAGCCUUGCACAAUCCCCUGCCCAGGAGAAUGUCACCUGACCAAAUGGUCGCAGUGGAGUUCGUGUCAGCUGCUGUGUUUGGAUGGGAGGAGUUUUGAGACGUGGGGUCGACAGGCUCGUUCUAGAGCCGUAGUCACACAGGUCCCGGAGAACCAGGAUUCCUGUCCCAGCCAGAUGUACGAGACACGCCCAUGCCGAGGAGGAACGUGUCUUAGCUAUGAAUGGAUGAGCGGUGAAUGGAGGCAUAACCAUAGACUGGUGUGGUGCCAGCGCUCUGAUGGAGUCAACGUCACAGGAGGCUGCAUUGCUCAGAACCAGCCCUCUACUGUUCGACAGUGUCACCCUCCCUGCACCAAACCCUUCUCCUUCUGCACACAGAAUGGAGUCUGUGGUUGUGAGAAGGGCUUCACGGAGGUCAUGACUUCUCAUGGGUUUCUUGACUACUGUACCAGAACACCAGGGCUGGACCAUAAGAAGGCAGAUGUGAAGACCACCGCAGGCCGUCUUAGACCAGAACAUGCUCGGAACAAGAACCACAUCAAGGACUGGGCGCUGCAGCCUCUUGGUCCAGAUGGCCGUGUCAAGUUGUGGGUAUAUGGGCUGAUGGCGGGCGGGUUUGUCGUGAUCCUCCUUCUCAUCAUUAUGUCCUUCCUACUGUGUAAAAACCCGGAGGACAGUCCCAGCAGCAGUCCACAGAAGGCACUGGCUCUGGCGUAUGAUGGGGACGUGGAUAUGUGAGCCCACCAUGAGUAUGCAAAGCUAAAACACAAAACGCUCAAAACAGAUGUCUGGCAUCCUUCAGACCACAACAUGACACGUUUACAGCAGCACACAAGCUGAGCGCGACAAUGAGCCAGACCAGAGACAGUGCUGACUGGAUGACUGAUGUUUAAACAGCACAAAAACUAAACGCAAGGCUGUCUGGAGAACAUGAGCAAGUUGAGGAACUGCACAAAGGAAAAUGUCAUACAGAAUGUGGCAUCAUGUCUACAGUACCAUAGCGUGAGUGUGUGUGUCUGUCUGUGUGUUUGUGUUCAUUUAGAGGUUGCGAGAGUCUUGUUUAAUGCCCAUUAUGAGGAAAUUGUUGUGUGUGUGUUAACAGAAUUGUUCACUCAUAACAGAUUGUUUUCGCCCCCUUGUUUCAUUCCAAAUCUCUAUGACUUUCUAUCUUCUGUGAAACAGAAAAAAGAGAAUUUUCUUGGCCACUCUUUUUAAUAGAAUCAGUUGUAUAAACUACUUUGAUGAUGCUUUUGCAUCCUUUUUGAAGCUUAAAACUCCACAUUCAGUGCAAAUGCAUGAAAAAAAAGCAACCAGAACUUUAAACAACAUUUAAUUAAAAAUCUUUUAUGUUCUGCAGAAGAAAGCAAGUCAUAUAAUUUUGAAAUUACAUGAGACGGAGAUGAUAAUAAUAACAGAAUUUUUGUUUUUAGGUGAACUAUGCCUUCAAAGAUCCCUAAAAAGGGGUGUUUCCUGACGCACUACAUUAGUGCCAUCUUAAGUGCCAUAUUUAUUUCUUUAUUUCCGUUUUGAAACGUAUAUAGCCUUUCAAAUAGCCUCCCAAUUUGAUUCCUUUAGAUGUCAAAGUUACAGUUCACCCAAAAAUGAAACUUCUGUCAUUAAUUACUCACCCUCGUGUCAUUCCAGACUCGUAAGAACACAAAUUAAGAUAUUUUUUAUUAAACAUUUCUGUUUAUACAGGGUCAGAAAGCUCUCAGAUUUCAUCAAAAAUAUCUUAAUUUGUGUACCAAAGAUGAACGAAGGUCUCAUGGGUUUGGAACAACAUGAGGGUGAGUAAUUAAUGACAGAAUUUAAAUUUUUGGGUGAACUAUCCCUUUAAGAAAUUCUUUUGAAUUCACCCCAAUCAGCUUUGACGCAUUUAAAAUGCUUUGUUAUCAUUGAAAAGGUCGUGACAUGUUCUUUUGUAAUGUGUAUGCUGUGAAUAUUUUCUAUCUGUGUCUUUGAGUGGUUUCUAAAUAAAUCCGAAUCUCAGAAAGGAGUCUUAUAUUUAACAUUUCAUGCAGUUGGACUUGAACAUGCCGUGUUUUAGUCUCUGGUUCUGUUCUUUGAGAUUUCUCUCAGUUUUUGCGGUUCUGGAUCGGUGCUGCUGUCAUUUCUGAUCAGUGUCAAAACACUGAGCCAACUUCUAUGGGCCAAGCCCAGAUUGUCAUAUUCCUCUCAUGAAUUGUAAUUAGAAAGUGCAUUAGUUACAACAGAUGAGAUCAAAUGAGGAAAACGCAGGUGCCACACAGCUGCAUUUAGAUGCAUGAGCCAGUAGGUGGCAGUAGGACACAAUAAUAGAAAACCCAGUUUUCAGAGAUUUUUGCUUGGCUCUCCUAUGCUGAUUUAAUGCUCUAUUAGCAUAGAAUACAAUAACAAGGAAUAUAAAGAACAUCCUAAAAGAUGUCUGAGUUUUAAGCAUUAGUGGCCAUGUAAUUCACAAUUAACUGAACCACACUUAAAACAAAUAUUAAAUAUAUAUCCUGCUGUUUAAAGGUUUGGGAUCAGUAAAAAAUUUGUUUUUUAAGUCUUAAAAAACAAGUCGUAAAAAUACAGAAAUAAACAGUAAUACUGUGAAAUAUUAUUGCGAUUUAAAAUAGUGGUUUUCUGUUAUAAUAUACUUUAAAAUAAAAUUUAUUUCUGUGACGCAAAGCUGAAUUUUCUGCAUCAUUACUCCAGUCUUCAGUGUCACAUGACCCUUCAAAAAUCAUUCUAAUAUGCUGAUUUAUUAUCAAUGUUGGAAAACGUUGUGAUGCUUAAUCUUUUUUUAGAACCUGUGAUAUUUUUUCCAGGAUUCUUUAAUUAAUAAAACGUUUUUAAAAAACAGCAUUUUUUUUAAAUAGAAAUCUUU